CUUGGAUUGUUAUCAGUAAAUUUUUUAGAAUGAAAGUAGCUUCUUUUCUGUUUUUGUAAAUUAAUUAUCAAACUCUUGUCAAAUUGCAGGAAUUGAAUGUGUAUCUUGAAUAUCUUUUUAACCUUAUUGUUGCUCGGGCUCCCGAUAUUGGUUUGGAGGUUCAGUUAAAUCGAUAUGAUCUAUUUCAUGGUCACCUUUUUAUCACAGAAACCAGGAGGCUUGGUAUAUUGUUUCAUGCUAAAGAAUACCCAGCAUGUGACGAAGACUUUCCCAUCAAUAUGGGUUAUUGCCAGAUAGGAUCCAAUACAACUUAUGAUGAUUCAAUGAACUUGAGAAAUAUUCUCUGGCUGGCUCCGUUGCCAAGCAAUUCGAGAGAGGGUUGGCUGGUUCCAGGAGUCCUAGUGGUACUAGAUGCUCAUCCAGAAGGAAUUAUAUACAGAGAUUUAAUUCCCGAGUAUGUGAAUUUUGUGAGGACAAUCUAUGAAGCUGAUCUGGGUGAUGUUGUGGUUGAUGUAAACUAUUUGAACGUUGGUGAUAAAAAGCCUAAUUAUCAAAUUUUCAUUUGCUAACGUUCUCCCCAAGAUGGGAGAUUGAGCAGGAGAUAAGCUUGAAACCUGCCUGCUACACAAAUUCUGAUAACAUCAUCUAUAGAGCCCCUCAAAAUGGAGGCAGUUUUUGAUCUCAGAAAAUGCAUACCGAUGUAAUUGACUGCUUAUGUAUGUCACUGAUGAAUGACAUAGACCAUUUUUUGGUACCAUACUCACGCUAGUUCACUGCAUAAUGUAUAUAUUUCCAUUGAUCAUUGGAUUAAAAUAAGCCAUUUAUU